CCAAGAAACACUUUCUGCAGUGAUUAAUUAUAAACGUGCAUGUGAAUUCUGCCUGGCCCUCUGGUCGCCUAAUGUCAAAUAUGAGACCAAUGCAGUGUUACAAGCCAUGAUGUUGUAUUAGUGCAAUAUAAUAGUGUGGUACAAAUGUACUCCUGCUGCUCAAGAUUUCUUGCAAGCUAGAAAUGGGUUAAGGCUGGAUGUGGCAGCAUUCAACGUUACACUGUCCAGCUCAAUAGGGAGGACUUGGAUGUUCCAUCAUACCAGUUCUCAUUUAUAUACUUGGUAAAUAUUUUGAAUAUAGGACUGUAUGACCCACAUCUUGCUGUUGUUGCUACCGAGGCAUUAAAGAAAACAUGGGUGGUCCUGAAUGAGAAGGAGUGAGCAUGCCAGCAGCCCUCCUGGUCCCACCAAGCUCAACAACCCACAGAUGCUCCCUCCUGGGGGAUUCUUUGUAAUGUAUGAACCAGGAAUUCUUGGGUUCUGAGGGAAAAAUGAUCUAGAUUUUUAUCUAAAGAACAUGCUUGGUUGGAGUGGGCAGGAACCACAUGUUUUGCUUGUGCAUAGCUAACUGGGUUUUGUUCCAACUAGAAAUGCAGAACCAUGCUUAGUGGGGAAGCCUCAUUACCUGUGCCCAGCCCUCAAUGGGAUAUACAAUGUCAACAUAGUCAGACCCACUGGACACAUCUUACAUUUUGCAUCUGGCAUCUGGACCAGCUACUUUUGCCGUUAGGGAAACUUGUGCUCAGCAAAGCAAAACCAGCCUGGUUCCACCCGCUCCUGUAGAGGAGUGAAGAGGACUUGGCCAGCAUGGUUUUGCUACACGUGGUUUUGCUGCGUUGUCUUUGCUUCACACGCUUGGCUUCGUAAGCACUCUUUGAAUCUGUAUUCUGUAUCCAAGUUUAACUAUUCUUAGUUUGAGGUCGUUCUUGGUCAUAUAUGAAAAGAAGUAAUUGCCCUCUUCAACAUGGCACGUAGUCAAUAGAUGCCACUGAUUCCACAGUUUGUUUUUCACAGUUUGUUUUUAUAAUCACUGCAGUUGUGAGUUCAAUUAAAAAUGAUCACAUUUUCUUUCUGCUUUAGGUGAUGAGGACUUAAUCCUAUUAGAAGCUGGAAAACAUGAAUUCCCCUUCAGCUUUCAACUCCCCCAGCAAUCCUUGCCAACAUCUUUCACAGGAAAGUAUGGCAACAUUCAGUACUAUGUGAAAGCAACUCUGGAAAGCCCGGUGACCCCCAGCCAAGCUGUGAAGAGGGAAUUCCAGGUUAUCAGCCACAUUGAUGUCAAUUCCCCAGUUCUUCUGAGCCCUGUGAGGCAAAGCCAGGAGAAGAUGGUUGGUUGCUGGUUUUUCACUUCUGGCCCAGUUUCUCUGAGUGCCAAAAUUGAGAGGAAAGGCUAUUGUAAUGGUGAAGCUAUACCAAUCUAUGCAGAAAUUGAGAACUGUUCCUCUCGUUUAAUUGUUCCAAAAGCUGCCAUUUUUCAAACACAGACUUACCUGGCUAGUGGAAAAACAAAAUCUUUUCGCCAGAUGGUUGCCAACGUGAGGGGAAAUCAUGUGGCUUCUGGGAGCACAGAUACCUGGAAUGGGAAAACUUUGAAAAUUCCACCAGUGUCUCCUUCGAUCCUUGACUGCUGUAUUAUCAGAGUUGAAUAUUCCUUAGCUGUAUACAUUCAUAUUCCUGGUGCUAAAAAGUUAAUGCUUGAACUGCCCCUGGUGAUUGGCACAAUUCCAUGUACGGCAUUUUCCAGCAGGAACUCCAGUCUUGCCAGCCAGCUUGGUAUGGAUAUGAGCUGGCUGGCACUGACAAUGCCAGAACAUCCAGAAGCACCUCCCAAUUAUGCUGAUGUGGUGUCAGAGGAAGAGUUCUCAAGGCAUGUUACUGUUUUUCCACAUCGCAUUGACUGUGAAGAGCAGCUCUGUUGUCCUAUGUUUGCUUACAUACAGGAGUUCCGGUUUCAGCCCCCUCCUCUCUAUUCAGAGAUUGACCCACAUCCUUCUGAGGUGGAAGACAAUCAACCAGUGUCAAUCAUUGCUUAAUUAUGAUUUUUUAAAAGUUGCACCUUGGUCAGAUGGAUCGUACUGAUUUUGGUUACUACAGCCUCUGCUUCUAAUAAAACUUCUGAACACCACUGGACAUCUACGUUGAAACAGGCAUGUAUCGAGACAACUGAAGUUUUUCCUCAGAGUAGCUUGUGCCCCUUUGUGGAGAAGGAAGAGAUGCAAGGAUGCCUUGUUGAAGUAGUUGCCAUAGAAGAAGGCAUGAAGUCAUAUUACCAGAUCAAAGACCUCUCCCAUGGGGCAAAUGGAACUUAUCUGAAAAGAAAGAAGACUUAGAAAUCGGUGCAAACAGUACUUAAGCCGAGCUGAAGAAGCAAGUGGGCAUGGCUGCACUGAGGUGAUAAGACAAUUGGAUUUCUGUGACCAAAAGGCACUCCAUUUGGUUUCCACGGCUUCAGUUUGGCAAGUUCUGCACCCAGACGAGAAUGUCCUGGAUCAAUUCAGCAUUUUUAAACCACCCAUCUGAUAGCAAUAAAAAGGUGGUACUAAAAUUCAUACUGAUUUUGAGGGAUGUUAAAGAUACUGUAAAUACUGUUUUUUUGUCAGUCUGUAUGGUAAAAAAUUUAUUUUAGUGCUAAAGCUGGAAUUUUAUAGCUUCUCUGCACACUGGGUUCCUGUUCAGUUUUUAAUUUGAAAAAGGGAAGUAGAUUAGCUUUUCCACAACACUGCAAGCUUGUGUUUUUUGGCAUCUUUAGUAAUGGGACGUGAUCUGGCAAAGUGCCAAAGUAGCCAAAUACACACCCAGCCCUUAAUUUCAUCAUUCUGUAUCGCUGCUGCUAGAGAACUGGAUUGACUAUAGACGGGAUGCUUUUUCAUUCAGUAGGAAUGAUGAAAGAAAGUGACCCUCAUCAGUAGCAAGGGAUUUUUUAUAUUUAAGAUCCUCUUUUAAAACAAAAAUAAAAGGCCUACCUCCGUUGGAUAUGGGACUGAGACCCAAAAGUAAUUCUGCAUAAAGUUUAAUUUCUCGUAAUUAAUAAAAGACAAAUGGGAAGAAUUGUCAAUAGGUCCAAAAGGGUAUAUUUUGUCUAUGAAGAGUUGUGGUGGGGAGGAUGGAUUUUCUUGCAAAAUCAUAAUUUGACAGGUCAAUGCUCUGUAACACCAAAAUGAAAGCCUCUUAAAAUACUGUGCUUAUGUACAACAAUAGGGUUCAUUUGCAGGGGCAUUGUCCUUUGCCAUCUUUUGUUUAGUUGAGCUGAGUUUUAUCAUGGUGCAAUAUAAUUUGACUUAUUUCUCAGGUCAUUUAGAAUGUGACUUUUGUUGCUAAGAGUAAUAUCUUGUGCUAGGGCUGCUUCAUAGGUGAUAGGAAGCUCUGUACAUACCUAUACUCUCCCUACCCCACUUGUCCUACCUCCACCUCCCAUUUCCCUGUUAUAUAAGCUCUCCAGGCAGGUACCUGACCCUUUGUAUACAGUAAGAUGCCAUGCAUGUACCUGGCACAAGAUAGAUAACAAAUAACAUCAUUUUGCGGCUUAAAGAAAGAGGAAUGACUCCCUAGGAUGGCUCCUGCCUCUUGUAGUUUUAAGUACUUGCAUUAAAAAUAAUGCAAAAGAAAUUAAAAGGGCUGCCUCUUAUAAUCAACGACCACUUUGAAUCUGUCCGAAAGGUGUCAUUUGAUUUACUGUAAAAGAAUAGCCAACUAAAAGUCAAUGUUCUAAAGUAGAUACUAAAAUCUGAUGUGUAAAAGGGACCCUUAUUUGCCCCUCUGCCUUCCUCAGAAGCAGAGAGAGGGCUUAAUCCUUGGCAUGUUUAUAGGAUUGGGGCCAUUCUGUUUCCUAGUGAGCAAGUAGUUCUGCUUGUGAAGAGUUCUGGCAUGUAAUGGGGUGGGUGGCAAAGCAAGGCACAGUAGUGCAUCAUCUGAUGCUGUGCAGUGUUCAGAGGCCAUGGAAUUCAUUCUUACAGAGGCUGAUCAGGGAUCAUCAUUUGUAGGGAUGGGAAGGAGGAACAGAAAGGACUCCCUGUGUAGUAAAACCCUAUGUUCAGAGGAGCAAGUUGAUCUCUGCCGUUAUUGUGAGUUAGGGAGAAGUUUCAUUGCUCAUGGAGCUUCCGUCAGCCAUUAAUAAGCUGUGAAAUUCUCAUGCAAAUUCUGGGCAGGAUUGCAGCCAAAAUCUUAAGUGGCACUGCUUUUUCCUAACGUGCAUAAUAUCUGCUGUCUGUUACUGCAUCAGCCAGGGUGAAAUUUGACAAGCAGGAAGGAGGGAGGGCCCUGAGUAAAGCAGUAAUGCCAUAGUGCAGUAGUCAGAUUACUUGCUGUGAAAAGCAAAGUGCCCAGGCACAGCAUUCAAAGAGAGCAGCUGGUCUGAGCCAUAUUUUUCUUCCACACCUGCCCUCAGUCACAGAUUGGUGCCUUCUUUUUGUAAAGGGACAGCAGAAACUGACUUUUGUGAGAGUCUGUAAUGCAACUCCUUCCAUUUUAUCUGAUAUGGUCUUAUUUGAUAUUUGAACUGUCCAGAGAGCUUCAUCUGUUGGGCAGAUUGAAAUUUAAAAAAUAGUUACUAGCAAAGCAUCCAUCUCCGUGAUUGAUUAGCAGGAGCACAGACUCUCUUUUUAUUUGUGGUGGGGUGGGGGGAGUGCAGUGUCUUCCCAGGCAUGCCUGCUCAGCAGCACCCCCUGAACCAGACCGUGUCUCCAGCAUUCUCCCCUCCUGGGCACAAACAGUUGCUAUCAUGGGAGGAUGUAAAAAGAGUACGUUUAAGAGCGCUUAACCCUGUGCCACAGCCCGGUGGUCCCAGAAAUGUCACUCAUGCUUCUAUCUGGGUGUUGUUUCUUGGGCACGUUGCAGUGACAGAAUGUGGUGAACUGAUGCACUUCUUAAGUAUCAGUUGAGACGGGCUGGAAAUGUCGCAACUGCUCUGCUUGGACAAGUGGGACAAGGAAGUGCACUUAAACUAGUGGCAUGUUGCCCAUUUGCUUACUUGAACCAAAAUCAUACAUUGCAGCUCCUUUUGAGAAAGACAUUUGUCUUAAAACCCAACCCAGACUGGUAAUACUAAUGCCUUUCUUAAAAGAAAUGGAAUGCCUGCUUUUAAAAAAAAAAUGGUGCAGGUUGAUAAUAUAUACAAAGGGAACAAAAAAAAUCUUAUUAGCUCCUUUUUACUACUUGAAUAGCAAUAACAUGGCUGUAUAGCAUGCAUGUCUUAGAAUACUAAAAUUGUAACUAUUAGGUGCUUCCAAUGACUGACUGUAAUGCCAAUAAAGCCUGGCCAUUGGUAUAAUUGUGGUCCUGCAACAGAAAAGCAGCAGCAGCACAAAGAAUCACGAUGCUGCUGUUUUGUCUUUGAUCUUGGUAUCACUUACUGGUUUACUUGCAAAUAAACUGUGGCCUUAGAUUGUUUGCAGAAAAGGGUCCCUUUGAAAGCAUAUAGCAUCUUUCUAAGGGACCAGUUGAAAGCUGAGAAAGCAAAGCUUUCCCUCCAGGAGUCAGGGCAGAAUUUGCUCCAUCUGAGUUGCACAAUGACGAAUUCAAUAAUGCAGGGGUUUGUGUUUUCUCAACUACUGUAAAAGGGUUUUUAAAAAACAAGCCAAAAAUAAAUACCGGGAAAUGAUUGUAUUUUCUGUGUAAUGAACCCUAUGGGUUUUGUUUCUUAAUAAAAAGAUAAAAGUA